GGAAAAAAAAAUACAAAAGCCGUAAACAAGUACGCGGUGCUAACUAAGCAAAAAAUUAAAUUUAGUAAAAACUAAGAUUUUACACGCUUUUUGAGUUUGCGUAGCGUUUGUUAAGUUGGCAACGCAGCAAUUAACAUUAUAUGUUAAGUUUUACUGUUGCCCACUUUGUUAAACACGUAAACAGUUUUUUUUUGUUGUAAGCUGGAAAUAUGAUACACAGCUUGUUCAUAGUAAACAGCAGCGGUGAAGUCUUUCUGGAGAAGCACUGGCGUUCCGUUGUCUCACGUUCCGUUUGCGAAUACUUUCUCGAUGCGCAACGAGCGGCACCAUAUGAUGUGCCGCCUGUGAUAGCAACGCCGCAUUAUUACCUGAUAACGGUGCAGCGCGAUAGCGUCUCCUUGGUGGCGGCCUGCAAGCAGGAGGUGCCACCGCUGUUUGUCAUAGAGUUCCUGCAUCGCGUAGUGGAUACAUUUCAGGAUUACUUUGGGGAUUGCACCGAGACUGUGAUAAAGGAUAACUAUGUGGUUGUCUAUGAGCUGCUCGACGAGAUGCUUGACAAUGGCUUUCCCCUGGCCACCGAGAGCAACAUACUCAAGGAGCUCAUCAAGCCACCAAAUAUACUACGCACCAUUGCCAACACGGUGACGGGCAAGAGCAAUGUUAGCACCACGCUGCCCUCGGGUCAGCUCUCGGCUAUUCCUUGGCGUCGCAGCGGCGUGCGCUAUACCAACAAUGAAGCCUACUUUGAUGUUAUAGAGGAAGUCGAUGCGAUUAUAGACAAAUCUGGCUCGACGGUGUUUGCUGAAAUACAAGGACACAUUGACUGCUGCAUUAAGCUCUCGGGCAUGCCGGAUCUGACGUUGUCGUUUAUGAAUCCACGCCUCUUUGACGAUGUAUCGUUUCAUCCUUGUGUGCGUUUCAAGCGCUGGGAAGCGGAGCGUCUGCUUUCCUUUAUACCGCCCGAUGGCAACUUUAGACUGAUGUCGUAUCACAUUAGCUCACAGUCUGUCGUAGCCAUACCCAUUUACAUAAGGCACAAUUUCUCCAUAAAAACGGGUGAGCAGGGACGUUUGGAUUUGACUAUUGGACCACGCAAUACGCUGGGACGCACUGUGGACAAAGUUAAGCUGGAGCUAACUAUGCCCAAGUGUGUGCUGAACUGUCUGCUGGUGCCCAAUCAGGGCAAAUAUACAUUCGAUUCGGUUAGCAAAACGCUCAGCUGGGAUGUUGGACGCAUUGAUGUCUCCAAGCUGCCCAACAUACGCGGCUCUGUUUCCAUUGCGCCUGGCAGCACCAAUAUCGAUGCCAAUCCUGCUAUCAAUGUACAAUUCCAAAUCUCACAGCUGGCCGUAUCGGGUCUCAAGGUUAAUCGCCUGGAUAUGUAUGGCGAGAAAUAUAAACCAUUCAAGGGCGUCAAAUAUCUAACCAAAGCUGGCAAAUUCCAGGUGCGCAUGUAGCUACGCGCCCCCCUCCUCUCUACAAAAAGAUCAUAAGCUUUAAUUAAGUUAAACUGCUUACUAUAUAUAUAUACACUAUAUGCUUAUAUGUUAAAACAAUAUGAAAUUUCAAAAGUCUAA